AGGGGCCGGUUUCGAAUGAGGGGAUUGAGUUGGGACAUACGGAUCAUUGUGCGAUGUUGAUUGGGAAUCCGGAGUUGGUGGAUUAUGAAGAGGUGAAUACGAGGGUGCAUUUGUUGUUUGUGCAGUGUGUGACUUUGACUUGAUCGUAUAAGAAUCGGAGGUAGAUUCGGAGGUAUCAAUCUAAGAUUAUAUAUUAUAUCAAGUACAGUCCUUCCAUUCUAUUCAAUCAAGUAACUGAAGAAUGGACUCCAAAUACGCCCAUCUCAACUCCUCCGAGGACACUCUCCCUCCUCCAUCUCGUUCUCGAUCCACCCCCCUCAUCCUCCAAACAACAACCCUCCUCGCCUCUCUCACCACAAUCUUCCUCCUCCUCUUCCUCCCUCACUCCCAAUCAACCAUACCCAUACCAUCGCCCACCAUCCCCCUCGGCAUGAACCGCAUCAACCCCUCCAACACAACACACCUCCAACCCUGCGGCACCGACGCCGCCUCAGCCCGCGCCGCAGGCUGCACCUUCGACCUCCUCACCCUCGCCUGGCUUCCCCCGUCUUGCAUCGACGCCACCCUGUCACAGGAAUUCCUCGAAGUCGCCUCGGAACCAUUCUACUACGACUCCGACGCAACACAACUCAUACCCAACUAUGACGCUCUCUCCGAAAGACCCGUCGGAGAGGUCAGCUGGACCACGCGCAAAUAUCACAUCUACCAUUGUGCGUUUGGGUGGAGGCUUAUGCAUAAGAUGCUUGAGAGGGGUGGGAUGCUGGAGAGUGGACUGAGUGGGUUCCAUCAUACGGAGCAUUGUACGGAUACGUUGAUAAAUACGACGGUGGCGAUGGAGAGGGUGGUUACAAGAGCGGAGAUUUCGUUUCCGGAUUGUUGAUAGAGCAUAUUUAUGAGGAUGGGGGGUAAUGAUGUUUACUUGGAUGGACUGGUCUGUUUAU